AUGUCGAACGAAGAGAGCCAAUCCCUCCUCUCCGAGCGCUCCGAGUACGGCGGGCUGAACAGCGUCGGCGAGUCGGCGCUGGAAUCUGUGCUGCUGAAGGAGUGUUCCGGGGUGACGAAACCUGGGCAGUUGAUGGCACUCAUGGGAGCUAGUGGCGCCGGCAAGACGACACUGCUCAACACGCUGCUGGGGAGGAACCUGAAGGGGCUCGACGUCAAGGGAAGGGUGCUGGUGAAUGGGCAUGAGAUCGGCGCCGGAAUCACAGCCGUCUCCGGCUACGCCCAGCAGGAAGAACUGUUCGUCGGAACCCUGACCGUACGAGAAUACCUAAACGUUCAGGCCCGACUUCGCGUCGACGGCUCCCGAGAAAAGCGCAUCAAGCGCGUCAACGUCGUGCUCCGCCAGCUUGGCCUCUUCAAGUGCCAGCACACCCCCAUCGGGGUCAUCGGGUUCAAGAAGGGCAUCUCGGGUGGAGAAGCCCGUCGCCUGACCUUCGCCUGCGAGCUCCUCUCCAACCCUCCAAUCAUGUUCUGCGACGAGCCCACCACCGGUCUUGACUCGUUCAUGGCCGAGUCGGUUGUCUCCGUCCUCUCCAACCUGGCCCACAGCGGUCGCACCAUCAUCUGCACCAUCCAUCAGCCUGCCUCCCAGCUCCCCGCCAUGUUCGACCUGGUCAUGUUCCUCGCCUGCGGCAAGGCGGCGUACUUUGGCAACCCGACCGAGUCGAUGCGCUUCUUCGAGAGGCCAGCCCCCGUGCCCGAUACCAAUUUGCUUCAGCCCGCAGAUAUGAUCAUCCACACGCUGGCCAUGGUGCCGGGUGAUGAGGUCCCACCCGGCCGUCACCAAGUCAGCCACUGGGCCCAGUUCUCCGCCCUGUCCACCCGGGCGUUCAUCGAUAAUUGGCGGAACCCGUCCCUCGCCAAGGCCAAGAUUGUCAGAAGACGAUCAUGCCGUUCGGGGUCGACAUCAACGGCGCCCUCUUCACCUGGUCUGCGAGCUGACCUACUCGACGCUGUUCGGCAUUCUGACCUUCUUGCCCAACGACUAUCCCUGGUCGUCAGGGAAUACCAUGACGGGCUGUACAGUGUCGGUGCGUACUACUUCUCGCGCUCCAUCUCCUACGUGCCGCUCUUCACCCUCGACGGCGUCCUGAUGAUGACGAUUGCCUACUGGAUGAUUGGGCUGAACGCGACGGUGGCGCAGUUUCUGCGCUGUAUUGGCCUCUCCAUCCUCAUCGAGCAGUCGGCUUCUGCAUUCGGCGUGAUGCUCUCCACGGUGUCGCCGUCUUAUCCGGUCGCUGUGUCAUUGGCUGGUCCUCUCCUCACGCUCCUAUCGUUGACGGGUGGCCUCUACGCAAACGUCGGCCAGAUGCCCAUCUACAUCAGCUGGAUCCAAUACGUGUCCUGGUUCCGGUACGGCUUCGAAUCGCUGACGAUCAACCAGUGGGACCGGGUCGACGAAUCGGGCGUCCAUUGGAAUGCUACGAAGCAAGCCGACACGCUUGACAAGCUCUCCUUCAACUCGUACAUGAUGGGCUGGGACGCGCUAGCCAUGAUCGGCUUCAUCGUCGUCUUCUACCUGAUCGGCUACAUGGGGCUGCUGAUGCGCGUCCGCAGCGCACGC